GGCGGCGGCGGCCGGGCCCGGGCCCGGGCCCGGGGGCCCCCUGCGGCCGCGGCGCUCGUGGGCAGCUCCGUGUGGCGCGUGGAACGCGCGGGGGCCGGGGGCUGGCGCUGGGAGCGCGCCGUCGGCGUGGACUGCAGCGCCCCGGAGCCGCGCUGCCUCUGGCUGCCCUGCCUCGUCCACAGGGACCGCCGCGCGCCGGGGCCGCGCCGCGCCAGGCUGCCGCUGGGCCCGAGAGAUGGGUGCUCCCCUGGGCGCCCCCUCCCCUGGCAGGGGCCGCGGACACUGCUGCUGUGCAAAAGUCUCCAGGACGGCUUUGGCUUCACCCUGCGCCACUUCAUUGUGUACCCCCCUGAGUCAGCCGUGCACUGCAGCCUGAAGGAGGAAGAGAAUGGAGGCCGAGGAGGAGGACCCUCCCCCCGGCACCACCGCCUGGAGCCCAUGGAUACCAUUUUUGUCAAGAAUGUGAAGGAUGAUGGCCCCGCCCAUAGAGCGGGCCUUCGCACCGGAGACCGGCUGGUGAAGGUGAACGGGGAGAGCGUCAUUGGGAAGACCUACUCCCAGGUCAUAGCUCUGAUCCAGAAUAGUGAUGAUACCCUGGAGCUCUCCAUCAUGCCCAAGGACGAGGACAUCCUCCAGCUGGCCUACUCCCAGGACGCCUACCUGAAGGGGAACGAGCCGUAUUCUGGAGAGGCCCGGAGUAUCCCAGAGCCGCCUCCUAUCUGCUACCCUCGCAAGACUUACGCCCCGCCAGCCCGGGUCUCCACCUGGGCCACUAUGGUGCCUGAGCCCCUCUCAGCACUGCCCAGUGACCCCCGGAGUCCUGCUGCCUGGAGUGACCCGGGGCCCCGCGUCCCUUCUGCCACCCGUACCCAUCUGGACAAAUCUUCCUUGGGGAUGAGCCAGCCCCGCCCCAGCCCUGGUGCCUUCCCCCGCCUCCCCUCGGAGCCCCGGACGCCCCGUGCCUUCCCUGAGCCUGGCAGCCGGGUGCCCCCCAGCAGACUGGAGUGCCAGCAGGCUUUGUCACACUGGCUGUCAAACCAGGUACCCCGCAGGGCGGGGGAGAGACGGUGUCCUGCCAUGCCCCCCCGGGCCCGCAGUGCCUCCCAGGACCGGUUGGAGGAUGUGACUGCCCACCGCCCAUGGCCCUGCUCCACCUCCCAGGGUGCCUUGAGCCAGUUGGGUCAGGAGGGCUGGCACCGAGCUCGCUCAGACGACUACUUGAGCCGGGCCACCCGCUCAGCCGAGGCGCUGGGUCCAGGAGCACUGGUGUCACCCCGUUUCGAGCGCUGUGGCUGGGCUUCCCAGCGUCCGUCUGCCCGCACCCCUGCCUGCCCACCCAGGGACCUUCCUGAGCCCCAGGCCCCACCCCCGCCUGGUCUGCAAGGCCUGGAUGACAUCGGCUACAUCGGGUACCGGAGCUACAGCCCAUCAUUCCAGCGCCGGACUGGCCUCUUGCACGCACUCUCCUUCCGGGACUCACCCUUCGGGGGGCUACCCACCUUCAACUUGGCUCAGUCCCCUGCAUCGUUCCCGCUGGAGGCCUCCGAACCACCCAGGGUUGUGCGCCCAGAACCCAGCACCCGGGCUCUGGAGCCCACCACCGAGGAUCGCCGCGACGAGGUGGUCCUGAGGCAAAAGCCUCCCACGGGCCGGAAGGUCCAGCUGCCCUCCGCAAGACAGAUGAACCUUGGGUUUGGUGAAGAGUCCCCAGAGCCAGAGUCCAGUGGGCGAGUGGAACGCCUGGGCAGGAAGGUGGCCCCUUUGGCCACUACUGAAGACUCUCUGGCUUCUAUCCCCUUCAUUGAUGAACCCACCAGCCCCAGCAUUGACCUCCAAGCCAAGCAUGUCCCUGCCUCCGCUGUGGUCUCCAGCGCCAUGAACUCAGCCCCCGUCCUGGGCACCAGCCCAUCCUCCCCAACCUUCACCUUUGCUCUUGGCCGCCAUUACUCCCAGGACUGCAGUAGCCUCAAGGCCGGCCGCCGCUCCUCCUACCUGCUGGCCAUCACCACAGAGCGCUCCAAGUCCUGUGACGAUGGGCUCAACACCUUCCGGGAAGAGGGCAGGGCUCUGAGGCGCCUGCCAAACCGAGUACCCAGCCUGCGGAUGCUGCGAAGCUUCUUCACCGAUGGGUCCUUGGAUAGCUGGGGUACUUCCGAAGAUGCUGAUGUUCCUUCUAAGCGACACUCAACCUCUGACCUCUCGGACGCAACCUUCAGCGAUAUCAGGAGAGAAGGCUGGUUGUAUUAUAAGCAGGUCCUCACCAAGAAGGGGAAGGUAAGGUGGUUGGCAGCCUGAGGUGGAGAUGGAUGGAUGCUGUCUCCGGCAGAACUCUCCGGCUUUUAUACCCGCCCCACAGCCUCUGGAGCCAGAGGGAACCAGCUGAGGCUGUAGCCUGAGGGGUAGAGGUUAGAUGUUAGGAAGAACUUCCUGGGGGGCAUAAAGAACUCACGAACAAGAGGGGUUAACCAGAGAGGUCGUCUCUGCUGCUGCGGGAGGGAUCUGGUCAAACUGUGCCGGGAAUUCUGACAGAACCAUCCCACAGUGAUCCUUGGUUGGCUGAUCGCCCCAGAAAGGGUCACUGGGGGCUCACGGAAAAUGAGGGAACAAGGCCAGGGUGAUUCUUUCGGAGGAGCUGAGACCCCAAAAGAAGGCAGACGUUAGCCUUUUCGGGGCCUUGCGGGGCCAGCAAAGCUUUUAGUCUUUAUCCUAAGAGCCACUGAAGCCCCUGGGGUCUCUUUCAUUUGACUUCCUGGAGAAUGAAUUAGAGAGGGGCCCCGGCUGGGGCCGGCUGGAGGCAGGAGGACCAAUUAAGGGCGACCACAGCGACGGCUGGGCAUGCAGGUGGCAGGGGGAGACAAACAGGAUCCCAGAGCGAGGAGGCCGGGGCCCUGGGUCCACGGAGGCGACGCGGCCCGGGCGAAGCUGAGCGGAGCGGUUAGCAUCGACCUGGGCUUGGCCCUUGCCUGCAUCAUGAAUUGCCCGGGGGAAGCUUGGGUGACUCACCCGCCUAUGACUCAGUUUCCUCGUCUGUAAAUAGAGCUAACAACAACCCCUAGCAUAUACACCUGUUGCUGAGGAUUAAACGAGAUGAUCUCAGCAGAAGUGCACCCAGUGCCUGGCACGGGGAGCUGCUAGUCCUCUGCUAUUAUUUGAAUUUUCCACCCCGCCUUCUUGGGGUCUUGUACCUGGAGAGAAUGUAAGCUUUGAAGUCAGACAGACUUGGAGCUCCUGCCCAGCCACUUAUCCAGCAUAUGGUUUUGGGCAAGCCCCUUAACCUCUGUACCUCACUCUUCUGAUCUGUAACAUGGGGACAGUGUCAUUCUACAUCCUGGGCUGGAGGGAGGUGAAGUGAGAUGUAUGGGCCAGGUGGAGCUGGCAUCCAUCUGUGCCCUCAUCCAGUCCACGAUAAUGACCGAGUGCCUGCCAUGCUCCCGAUUCUCGGUCGAGGUUCUGGGUAUUUAGUGGUGUGGGAGGCAGGCCAUCCCGCCCCGCUGGGGCUCAGGACAAGCAGAGGAAGCACCCGGUGCAUAAUAGUUGCCAACCCACGACUGUCAGGACUGGAGAGCUGAGCCGAAUGGCACGCAGUAGGUGACUCCAGCCUAGGCGGGGUUGGGGGAAGGUGUCGGGGAGGCUGUGACAUGAAGGGUGUGUGAGAAUCCACAGAACAGGGAGGGGGUGGGAAGUGCUCUGACAGUGGAGAUGCCCUCCUGGAUGGUCUGGGAGAAAGGAACAGAGGGAGUGCUGGGUGGCCGCGAGCCAGGUGAGAGGUAGAAGCUGAGGUGGGGAGUCAGGUGCCUGCUUCGGGACCUCAUCACCCAGGGCAAGCCUUUGCAGGGGUUUAGAUGGGGAUGGGAGGUGGGUAAGCCCAGGAGGCAAGGGUCACAUCUGUGAUAGGAGGUGACAAUGCCAUUGCCGCUGUCCAGGUGAGCCAGGGCGGGGGCUCUAAGGUCGUGGCAUGGGGCGGAGGGGAAGGGACAAUUUAGAGACACUGAGGGAUGGAUGGGUUUGGCUUGCUGAUGGCUGGGAGGUGAGGGAGGGUGGAGGAGGCAGAUGAUGGCUGCGGGGGCGAUGGGGCCUUCCCCUGAGCCACAGGGCACUGGAGGGGCAGGUUGGUGAGUGGAAGCCAAGGGUUCCUUUGGGGACUUGUGGAGUCCAAGGGCCCUGGGUCAUGCCCCGGUGGGGGUGUCCUGGGUUCUGAGGCUCUGGGGCUGUGGCACCCGGGAGGGAGUCUAUCAGGGUGUGCACUUGUAGCCACAGGUGUGGGAGCACUGAGGGAGAAGGCGAGAGACUGGCUGUACCUUGAGAGGAAGUGGGGAGAGCAGACCAAAGAGGAAAGCCAGCAAGAUGGCAGGAGGGGUUGCCUAGGAGGGCAGCAGGGGCCAGCUGUGUGAACUGAGGAAGGGGAGAUGAACCCUUCCAGCCCCAAGUUUGAGCUCCUCUGAGGGCCAGGGGAGAACUGCGGACUCCGGCCUGCGAGGUGGCCCAUCUCCCAGCUCUGGAUGGCCCCAGGCAGCCGCACCACAGUGUCUCCCAGGCAGGGACGGGAACUGGACCCUUCCUGCUCACUGACCGGUACUGGAGGACAGGGGCUUCCACUCCUGGCUUGGCCAGGACCCGAUUUCACUUGUCCCCUCGGUGCUGUGGCCUGGGAGUUAGGAGAGGGGUCAUUAAGUCAGCUUCGGGCCCUUAGUCUGUCCAGGGAACUGAUGUCCAGCCGGAUGUUGUCCGCUCUGGCAAGUCUAGCCUCUCCCGGGUAACCCCCACCCAGCCCCCAGGCUCUUUCAGAGACCAUUCACUGUCGGGCAGAGGGAGGUAGGUGUGACAGGUCCCUGCAGUCACAGACCUACCAUUUGAGCAGGAUGUAACCUUGGGAACUGGCUAGUUCACCUUUCGUUUACCAGUAGGGAACACUGAUGCCAAGGGAGGGGGCUUGACUUGUCCAAGGUCACCUAGUUGGUUCGGUCUCAAAGGGUCACCUUGUUGGGGCUCCUGGGUGGCUCAGUCGGUUAAGCGUCCGACUUCGGCUCAGGUCAUGAUCUCACGGUCCGUGAGUUCGAGCCCCGCGUCGGGCUCUGUGCUGACAGCUCAGAGCCUGGAGCCCGUUUCAGAUUCUGUGUCUCCCUCUCUCUCUGCCCCUCCCCUGUUCAUGCCCUGUCUCUCUCUGUCUCAAA